AUGUUUAAAGAGAACGAAGGGAUAUUUUACAGAAAGACAAAUAGUACGAAGGAAAGGAGAGGAGAAGUGCCGGGCAUCGACAAAUUUGUUGAAUCCUGGGCAGGCAUUUGGGAAGAUGAAACCAGUACUCCACACAGGCGGUGGAUGAGAACAGUUACAGAGAAGGUCAGGCCAAAGGAAACCAAUAUAGAAGAGUUAAUAAUCACUAAAGAGAAGUUGUACGAGACAGUCCGAAAGAGGAAGAAUUGGUCAGCUCCUGGAAUUGAUGAAAUACAGAAUUUCUGGUGGAAAAAGUUCAGAGGAACGUGGAAGGCACUUGUAAGACGUUUUAAUGAAUGGAUUGAACAACCGGAGCGAAUACCAGAGUGA